AACACGGGAUAUUCCUUUAAAAAGGAAAUAUUUGUGAAAGGUAGUAACCAACCAAGUGGUGUUACCAAAAUAGAAACAAAGCAUGAAUAUACAGCAUAACAAUGAGAAAACGGGUAAAAUUAUUAAAUGGCUGCAGUAUUUAUCACAGACAGAGGACAGCUGCAUAUUUAGCCAGUCUUUCAAAUAUACAUAUUGUUAUCAUGCACUAUAUUAAUUUUUGUGAAUGUACUACAAGCCUAGUAAGGUUGUGUGGGAUAGCCCAGACCUGCAAGAAGAUUUGGACUUGGCCCUCUACCUGCCACCCUACCUGUUUAAGUCAAUCAUUAAUAAGUGAGCUCAGAAGACAUCCCUUAGGCUAUAGGAAGCCACCCUUUGUAUAGAUUCAGUAUAAAUUUUUUCCACCUAUCAUCAUUUUCCUAAGUCUUGACAUGAUUUAGGUGUUUGGCGUGUGUUUACUUAUUUUGAUCAGACACUUGAGCGCUCCUAAUCAAGCUGCUUUUUUUGUGGGACGUCUCUGAUUUCACUGAACAAUGAAGCCAAACAACUGUACUUUCAUGGGGGGUGGGAUCCCUUUGUCAUCCGAGUUCUUUAAAGUGAUCAAAAACGAUCUUUGGCUGUUCCUCCUUCCUGCUGUGUUUGCCGUGCUGCUGCUCGCUCUUUUCUUGGAGGAGAUUGGCUUCUUUCUGCGCCAUGUGCCUUUUCCACGGCACAGUCGUUUCACCCUGUGGAUCCUGGGAAUGUACCCAGUUUUCGGAAUGACAUCUAUCAUUGCACUGUAUGUUCCUCGCUCCUCAUCUCUAUGCAAUUUCAUUGCUUCCUUAUAUCACUCUAUUACACUGUUGAAGUUCAUGGGUCUUAUUAAGGAUUUUUUCGGUGGAAAGGCCCGCAUGCUUGAGGCAUUAGCAGGGGAGAAAGUGCCUCCAAACCCCUUCCCCUGUUGCUGCUGCUGCUGUCUACCUCUAUUCAACAUCAACAAGACCAGUGUGGGCUGGAUGAUGGCUGCUGUCCUUCAGCUCUCUGUGGUCAGAACACUCCUGUUCUUCCUAACUCUUGUCCUCUGGACAGAUGAACAAUAUGACUAUGGGGAUGUGGACUCAGUGAACCCCAACAUGUAUGUCAAUGCUAUUAUUGCUGUUUCCACUUUUCUGUCCUUUUAUGGCUACCUGCUGUUUUAUAAAGCCACAAAAAGAGCAUUGCCUGGAUACAGUCUGCGAGCCAAGUUUAUUUGCAUCAUUGUUGUCCUGGUCCUUUGUGGACUACAGAGUGGAAUUCUAGAGACCAUGGGUGCGCUGAAUGUCAUCCCCUGCACACCUCCCUUCUCUGACCUCUUUCGGUCUCAAUUAAUUUACCACUAUGCUGUUAUUGUGGAGAUGUUCUGCAUCAGCCUCUUUGCACAUCACACAUUCCGGAAAGUUGAGCCCUGUCCUGAGGAAGGUGUUGAAAUAGAAGAUGAUGUCGUAGGAGAGCUCAGUGAGAAGGCGAUUCAAACAGAAGACGAGCUGCAGCCCUCCUCUCACGAGGACGAGCCAUACCAUUCUAACCAAGGGUACAACAGUGACAGCGAAGAUAGCCUCUGCAAAAUUGAGCAUGCCCCACUGGACCGCUUCCACUUCCCCUUACAGCACAGACUGCAAACUGCAGCAAGCACAGAGACAGUGCUGCCAACAAUUACUGUCAUUGCAGAGAUUAACCAUAUUGACAAAAAUGAUGUUACUGUUGUAUAGCAGAAAAGGAAAGAAAAUGUAUAUAUUAUUUUAUAGUUUUGUAGUUAAUGUGUGACAUUGUAUUUCAAAUGUCUGUGUACAAAAAUAAAAAUAAAAAAUGUAAUUAUUGUCCUAAGACUCUCGUGUACAAACAUG